CAAGAAUAUUUCGACAUGGUUUUCCGUAGUUCCACGCCAAAGAGAAACCAUAAUAUUCAACCUGUUGAACAGACUACAACUAUUAAUGUGCAAAAUAAGUUGGCGGUGAAGAUCACACCCAGUCCCAGGCCAAGUCCCCCACACACUGCAGCCCCAGCUGGAGCAGCAGUUGAGAAAGAUAAUAAAUUGGUUCCAGAAUGGUUAAACGCAAGCGAUUUUGCUGAAAUAGUUGCAAGUACUGAACCCACAUUUGAUAAGAUUCUGAGUAGUACGUUAGAGUUGGCCACCAAACCAGGUGAUAAUUAUGCCUCUACAGUGCUCAAAGUGGACAUCAAUGUGCAACUGAAGGACUUCAGUUCGAAAACUAAGUCGUACAUUGUAAAGGUGAAACCAAGUCAAGCAUUAGAAUUUUUGCCCCAUAAUCUCUUUUCCAAAGAGAUUGAGGUCUAUGCCAACUAUAUAGCUGCGUUUGAGAAAUUAUACACAGAUGCUGGCCAACCCGUUCAAUUUAGUCCCCGUUCAUAUAGGCUACAUAAGAAAGAUGUUCAGGUGGAAUAUUUGAUUUUGGAUAAUCUAAAGGCAAUCGGUUUCGAAUUGUGUGAUCGCAUGAAGGGCUUGGACUUGGAGCACACCAAACACACAUUGAAAAAAUUGGCCCAAUGGCAUGCUGCUUCCAUCAAGUACAAGGAACUAAAAGGCCCCUAUCCAGAAAAAUUCAAUAAUGGCCUGUACUCUGAGCAGACAGCUCCAAUAAUUAAGGCCAUGCUUGCUACUUGUAAAAAAUCUUUUCUUGAAAUAGUAAGCCAGUUCGAUAGCAUCAACGAAUUUAAGGACAAAGUGAAUAAUCUUUUUGAAGUGUAUGUAGAUUCUAUUGUAGAAGAUGCUAAGAUCGACGAUAAUGACUUCAAUGUGCUGAACCAUGGCGAUGCUUGGAUAAACAAUAUCAUGUUCCAAUAUCACAAUGAUGGUCAGAUCAAGGAAACCUAUUUGCUUGACCAUCAGAUUGGCAAAUAUGGCAGUCCUGCCCAAGAUCUUUACUUUUUCCUUAUGAGUUCCACACAACUGGACAUUAAAGUGGAGAAAUUUGAUUAUUUCAUUAGAUGGUAUCAUGAAAAUCUAGUGGAGAGUGCAAAGCUACUAAACUACAAUGGUUUCGUGCCCACUCUCAAGGAGUUGCAAAUCAUCCUACUAAAGCAUUCCAUUUUCGGCCCGGUCACUGUUUGGAAUCCAUUGUUCAUAUGCCUGAUUGACACAAAUGAAGACUUCAAGGUUGAUUUACUCAUGUCAGACUCGCCUGCGGCAGAGGCAUUGCGAAAGACUACCUUUGGCAACGAAAGAUAUAAGGCACAUUUUGAACUGGUGAUGCCUUGGCUGAAUAACCGUGGCUUAUUGAAUGUUGACAAUAUCCCAAAACUGCAAAAGUAG